UUCAACAUGGCUGUUCUCUUUCUCUUGCUGUGUUGSGUGGCCUAUUUUCUCUUUACUGUAGUCUUUAUUGUCCUUCCUGCAGUAUUUGGAGGCUCAUUUGGUAUCAGGAAUAUAUAUAUCAAGCUAUUGUUAAAGGUUUUUGAGUUUGGAAGGAAAAAAAUAGAUUCAAAGCAAUUGCUACAUAGUGAGUUGAUUGACAAAGAAGGCGAAAAGUUUGGGCCUCAUACGCCAAUACCAAGAAAUAGAUCAUUUGGAACUUUUCAGAGAGAAUUUCAGCUAUCAGAUGCUUUAGAUUUCUUUAAAAGUGGCUUUGAGGCCAUCAUAGAUGAUGAAGUCACUAAGCGUUUUUCUGCUGCAGAGCUAGAAUCAUGGAAUCUCCUAACAAGGACUAAUAAGAAUUACCACCAUAUAAGUUCAAAGCUUUCUAUAAUUUGGGUUCUUGGAUUCUUUGUCAGAUACUGUAUCUUAUUGCCAUUGAGACUUACUCUAGUGAUAUAUGGUUUUGGAUUAUUAACUUUGAGCACAGCUGUUAUAUCACAGCUUCCUGAAUCAAGUUUUAGAAAGAAGCUGGAUAGAAUAUGUAUGCUGGCAUCAUUUAGAAUAUUAGGAAGAGCCCUGUCUGCUGUUGUUACUUCACAUAAUACUGAAAAUAUGGCCAAGGGAGGAGGCAUAUGUGUUGCAAACCACACCUCACCUAUCGAUGUAUUGAUCCUGGCAUGUGAUAACUGCUAUUCUAUGGUGGGACAGCGUCAGCCUGGUCUUUUUGGCUUCAUCCAGAAGGUGUUAGCAAGAUCACAGGAUCAUAUUUGGUUUGAAAGAUUCGAGAUGAAAGACAGAUUGAUAGUCACAAAGAGACUGCGAGAACAUGUUGAGGAUCCCAGCAAAAACCCCAUGUUAAUUUUUCCUGAAGGUACUUGUAUUAACAAUACUUCGGUCAUGAUGUUCAAAAAAGGAAGUUUUGAAAUAGGAGGUGUAAUAUACCCUGUAGCUAUAAAGUACGAUCCCACAUUUGCUGAUGCAUUCUGGAAUUCAAGUUCUGAAAGCUUUGGUCAGUAUUUGUUCAGUUUAUUGACAAGUUGGGCAAUCGUCUGUGACGUCUGGUACUUGGAUCCAAUGGUCAUACAGGAAGGUGAAACGCCAAUACAGUUUGCUAAUCGUGUUAAGGGUGAAAUAGCAUUUAGAGGUGGGCUAGUGGACCUGAUAUGGGAUGGACAACUUAAAAGAACGAGCGUCAAACCGGAAUAUCGUAAAAAGAAACAAGAAGACUAUGCCAGUACAUUAAAGAUCGACUAACACCCGUGAGAGCUAAAGGAGAGAGAUGUAUUUUAUAUGCAAAUACCAUAUCAGAUCACUUUGCAGUUUCCCAUCCUUUUCCCACUAUUUUUUCCUUGCAUUUAUCCCAUUUCCCAUGUAUGAUAGUGUAUAUAAGAAAUCCUGAUCGAGGAUCCAGUCUGGUUUCCUUUUUGAUUCGUUUGCUGAUUAUUUGCUACUAUACACCGUCUUCGACAGGUUAAAUGAGAAUCAUAAAUCAGUGAUUUUUGCUUUUUCAGCUCUAAAAAUCUAGAGAACUAAAUCUAAAAAGAACUUAAGUGAAGUGUCUAGCAGUUCGAUGAUCCGUCUUCAUUUGUAUUACACUUUUAAUAUCGGCAGUUUUUCUACUCUUUUUUUUGGAUCAAAUCACGAUUUACUUUACUAGGAGUUCCUUUAGGUGGCCUACGUAUCUAAAUAGAUGUAGUUUUAAAAUACGAGGGUCAUUCAGCUAUAAUAUAUAGAAUGGUUAUCUAAAUCGUAUCCAUUGGAUGCUCAUUGAUAAUAUACAGUCUAUGCUAUCUUAUACUGAUACUGUAUACCUAGUCUUACACUGUCCUUGUGUGAGCUUGAGCUAUGCUAUUGUCAUUGGUAGAGGUGGGGUGGGAUCGUGAGCCAGGACCUCAAAGAAAAUAUUUAUUCGAAUAAACCACAUAGAGAAUAUAACAUAUUCAAGAGAUCUUCUAAUUAUGAAUGAAUAAACGUACAAUGAAUAAACAGAUAAACAUAAUAUUUUAGUAUAUUUUUAAUGUAGUGAAUUUAUGUUGCGUGAACGGUGUAUUUUUGAGGGUGCAGAUGACGUCAUAACCGCCAUGUUGGAAGCAAACGUUUUUGAAUUGCUUCUUUUAUUAUGUCCUCCAAUAUGGUGGUCUGAGUAGGUUGGGCUGUCUGCAUGGUAUCGAGCUUUUCGUCCCUCUUGGUUGAUACCUUGCCUAAGGAAUAUUCACCACAGGGUUCCCAAAGCGUUAUAAAUGUUAAAUUACCAAA